UGGCGGCAGGUAGUAUCAAUUGUCUAUUCUAUCACUCAUUUCUUCAUUAUCAGCUCACAAGUUUCACAGUUAAACAUCUCAAAUGGGAGCAUCUCUGAAGCUCCUUCUUACACUUACUUUCAUUGCAACUGCAACCUUUGGAUUUGCAGCCACUUCUAACAAGCUUCACACUGAAGAAGUGAGAGCAUUGAAGCAAAUAGGGAGGCAACUGGGGAAGAGAGAUUGGAAUUUUGAAGUAGAUCCCUGCAGUCGUAAAGGGAACUGGAUUAUACAGGAGGAGACAGAAGGACAGGAGAGUAAUCUGACAUGUCAAUGCUCUUCCUCAUCUUGCCACGUUGUAAGCAUACUGUUAAAAGGACAAAAUCUUACAGGAAUUAUCCCACCGGACUUCUCCAAGCUUCGCUACCUUAAAUUUCUGGACCUCAGCCGCAACUGCCUCACUGGUUCUAUUCCUCCACAAUGGGCUACCAUGCAAUUGGAGGAGCUCUCUUUCAUGGGGAACCGUCUCUCAGGUCCAUUCCCAAAAGUUCUCACAAAUAUCACCACACUCAGAAACCUGAGUAUAGAAGGGAACCUCUUUUCAGGACGCAUUCCUCCAGAGAUUGGAAAGUUGAUCAACUUACAGAAAUUGAUGCUCUCGUCAAAUGCUUUCACAGGAGAAUUUCCAGCAGAACUUGCCAAAUUGAGCAACCUGAAUGAUUUGAGGAUAAAUGACAACAACUUUUCUGGGAAGAUACCGGAUUUCAUUGGUAAAUGGAAAAACAUUCAGAAAUUGCAUAUCCAGGGUUGCUCUCUUGAGGGGCCUAUUCCUUCUAGCAUUUCUUCUUUGACUCACUUGAGCGAUCUGAGGAUUAGUGACUUGAAAGGGAGAGGGACUGCUUUCCCACAAUUGGAUAAAAUGAAAUCCUUGAAGACAUUGAUUCUAAAGAAAUGCAUGAUACAUGGUCAGAUCCCAGAAUAUAUUGGGGAUAUGACAAAAUUGAAACACCUAGACCUUACUUUUAAUAACUUGACGGGUCCAAUUCCUAAAACAUUCAACCAAUUGGCAAAAGUCGAUUUCAUGUAUUUGACAGGUAACAUGCUUACUGGCGGUGUACCUAGAUAUAUCUUAGAAAGCAACAAAAUUGUGGAUGUAUCUUAUAACAAUUUCACUUGGGAAAGCUCAGGUCCAAUAGAAUGUCCUCGAGGGAGUGUGAACUUAGUGGAGAGCUACUCUGUGUCAGCUGAUAAAGCAAGUAGAGUUCAUUCGUGCCUAAAACACAACUUUUCAUGUUCUGCAUCUAGUGAUCAGUAUCACUACUCCAUGCACAUAAACUGCGGUGGCAAGGAUCUAUAUAUUGGUAGUACCGAGUAUGAAGCUGACGUUGAAGCAAAAGGAGCUUCUAUGUUUUACACUAGCCCAGACCAGUACUGGGCAUUUAGCAGUACUGGGAAUUUUAUGGACAAUGAUGUUGUUUCAGAUGUUUAUAUCCAAACCAAUACGUCUACUCUUUCCAAUGUCUCUGCUGACAGUUUGGAACUGUAUAGAACGGCACGUGUUUCUCCUCUCUCCCUCACUUUCUAUGGACUCUGCCUCGGAAAUGGGAAUUACACUGUCAAACUUCACUUUGCUGAGAUUAUUUUCAAAAAUGACAGCUCUUUUUAUCGCUUGGGGAAGCGUAUAUUUGAUGUAUACAUCCAGGGGGAGUUGGUCCUGAAAGAUUUUAACAUUGAAGAUGAGGCUGGAGGUACCGGCAUUCCCAUUGUAAAGAAUUUUACAGCCCAAGUGACAAGUAACACAUUAAAGAUUCAAUUUUAUUGGGCUGGAAGAGGGACAACCGGCAUACCAUUCAGAGGAUUUUAUGGCCCUCUAAUAUCGGCUAUCUCAGUAGAUCCAAACUUUAAGCCCCCUGUGCUUAAUAGGAAAAAACAUCGUGUCAUGGUAGUGGCUUCAACAUUGGCUUCAUCACUAUUACUUGUCCUGUUGCUGUUACUUAUAAUGCGGAGGAAAGGGUGGCUGGGAGGCAAUGUCUCUGCAGAUAAAGAGCUGAGAGGUCUAGAUUUGCAAACAGGAAUAUACGCUCUAAGACAGAUUAAGGUUGCUACAAAAAAUUUUGAUGCAGCUAAUAAAGUUGGGGAAGGUGGUUUUGGUUCAGUUUACAAGGGUGUACUACCAGAUGGAACUGUAAUUGCUGUAAAACAGCUCUCAUCAAAAUCUAAGCAGGGAAAUCGUGAAUUUAUAAAUGAAAUCGGCAUGAUAUCUGCUUUGCAACAUCCAAAUCUUGUCAAGUUGUAUGGAUGUUGUGUUGAAGGAAAUCAGUUGUUACUUGUCUACGAGUACAUGGAAAAUAAUUGUGUUUCCCGUGCACUUUUUGGGAGAGAUGAGGCAAACAGAUUAAAAUUAGAUUGGCCUACAAGGAGAAAUAUUAUCCUUGGCAUAGCCAGAGGUUUAGUCUACCUCCAUGAAGAGUCAAUAAUAAAAAUUGUGCAUAGGGAUAUCAAGACAAGCAAUGUCUUGCUAGAUAAGGAUCUCAAUGCUAAAAUUUCUGAUUUUGGCUUGGCUAAGCUUUAUGAGGACGACAAUUCUCACAUCAGCACAAGGGUUGCUGGAACAGUUGGUUAUAUGGCUCCUGAGUAUGCUAUGCGUGGUUACUUAACAAACAAAGCAGAUGUUUAUAGUUUUGGAGUAGUUGCAUUGGAAAUAGUUAGUGGUAAGAGCAACACAAACUACAGGCCUAAUGAGGAUUUUGUUUACCUUCUUGACUGGGCAUAUGUUCUUCAAGAAAGAGGAAAUCUGUUAGAGCUAGUUGAUCCUAAUUUGGGGUCAGAAUAUUCAUCAGAGGAAGCAAUUGUGAUGCUAAAUGUGGCUCUCUUGUGCACGAAUGCAUCCCCAACGCUGAGGCCAACCAUGUCUCAAGUGGUGAGCAUGCUUGAAGGUAGGACUGCAGUUCAAGAUCUGCUUUCAGAUGCAGGGUUUUUAGCCAUUAAUUCAAAAUAUAUGGCCAUAAGAAAUCACUUCUGGCAACAUCCAAGCCAAACUCAAAGCUUGUCAACUGGUGGUCCUGGUACUGAUGAUUACUCGACUUCAAAGUCAAUUAUAGAAACAGCAGCAAGUGACCAUCCUAUGAGAAGUAGUCCAGUUUCAGUUCCAGUAUGAUAUGGCAUGGGGAAAAGUCUCUUUGCAUAUUAUAUAUAUAGAUAUUUUAAUUUCAAUGAAUUAUAACAUUAUAGAUAUAUUAAUGAAGUAGUUUGAAAUUUUGUACUUGCCACAAAAGGUGAGGUUAGUUAUAGUUCUAUUCCUAAGAUUUAGUAGUAGUUGUAUUAUAAAUUAGGUAAGUUACUUCAUGGAUUGGAUGGGAAUAGAAAUGGAAUAGGAUAAUAUUGUUACUUCAAAUAAGAAAUGUUGAUAGAAUAGAAUAAAUUUGUGAUUAUUCUAUUUUGUGGAUUAAGGACUUAAGGAGUUUGUUUAAUGCUUUAGGCAGUUUCUAUCUCUUAAAGGGUGAAAAAAACAGCUAUAAAUAUCCCACUCAUUUUGUGUAAUGUAAUAUUCAUUGUUAUGUUGGACCCUUCCAUUCCAUUUUUCUCUAUGCUACUUUCGUUUCCUUUGUCUCUUUAA